CGUCGUGAGUCGCGACAGCCUGCCCAUGCACAGUUGACCCCGUAGAAAAGCAAAAUCCGUUUCCAGCGCUCCAAUCUCGGAGCGAAAGGCGAAGCCUUGCGAGGAUGGAGUACGAGAACAAGAUGGUCCUCGCUCCCAUGGUUCGAGUGGGUACUUUACCACUUCGGUUGCUAGCUGCUCAAUACGGUGCAGAUAUUACCUAUGGGGAGGAGAUUAUUGACCAUAAAUUUGUCAAAUGUGAACGCCACAUAAAUGAAUCUCUUGGGUCUAUUGAUUUUGUGGAGAAAGGAACAGGGAGUGUUGUUUUUAGAACUUGCCAUGAGGAAAGAAAUCGGGUGGUAUUUCAACUAGGCACCUCUGAUGCUGUGAGGGCUCUCAGUGCUGCUCAGAUAGUGUGCAAAGAUGUAGCAGCAGUUGACAUCAAUAUGGGUUGCCCCAGGUCAUUCUCUAUUAGUGGAGGAAUGGGUGCAGCAUUAUUGUCUAAACCGGAGCUAAUUAGUGAUAUAUUGACAACAUUAAAGAGGAAUUUGGACGUGCCAGUAACAUGUAAGAUUAGACUCCUCAAAUCGCCUCAGGAUACAGUAGAAUUAGCACGGAAAAUUGAGAAAACUGGUGUUUCUGCUCUUGCCAUUCAUGGAAGAAAAGUUUCUGAUAGGCCAAGGGAUCCUGCCAAGUGGAAUGACAUUGCUGAUGUUGUAGAAGCAUUGUCUAUACCAGUUAUAGCUAAUGGUGAUGUCUUUGAUUACGAGGAUUUUCAACGUAUUAAAGUUGCAACAGGUGCCUCUUCAGUGAUGGUUGCUAGAGGAGCCUUGUGGAAUGCUUCAAUUUUCUCACCCAGUGGUAUGUUACCCUGGGAGGAUGUGAAAAGAGAAUAUAUACGGAAGAGCUUCUUCUGGGAUAAUGAUGUUAAAAGCACAAAACAUACUUUGAAGGAAAUGAUAAUGCACUAUUCUUCCCUUGAACUACCAGAAGGAAAGGCUGUGAUUAAAUCUGAGACUUCAGCAGAUUUGGCGCAACUUUAUGGGGAAGAAAAGUACUAUCAGUUUGUUAGCAAAAACCGUGUGUUAAUGAAUGGCAAUAAUUGACUGUUUGAUAUGCUUCAGUACAAGUACAUUGCUCCUCACCCCUGUUAAAACACUUCUGUGGAGGUUACUUGGCACAGUUUUGACAUUGAGAAGGUCUCAUUUUCUGCCCAUAGAAGCCCAUUUUCACGCAAGCCCCAUAUUGGGAUUUAGCCGCCUUAUAUUCUUCUGUUGUGUUCUAGAAUGCUCAAGUUGAAGGUUUGAUACAAUUGCUAAUAUAAAUUGGUUAUAAUACGAUUUAUUUAUGAAUUA